GGAGCUGUUACAGAUCUGUUGCCGUGGUACGAUGAGAAUGAUCGAAACAGAGCAGACCUAAAACAAUUAGGCUUUUAUUUUGUAGAGCUCCUACUAUUCAAAACUCAGAUAGGAUUAAACUUUUCCAUGUGACGCGCUCUUCCCUAACUCCGUUAAUGUAGGGCUGCCGCGUUUCUCAGGUCAACUCAUCUGAAGUCGACUAUCUCGACCUCAGUCCUGUGCACAUGGAAGCUUACCGAUGACUCAGUGGGUGUUUUAUUAGUUACCUGGCCAGGAGACGCGCUCAGCUGAUCGGUGUGAUGAAGGAUCGACUGGCCGAGUUGACUGCUAGCUGGACCCAAGCAGAGGAGGAUGUUGCAGUCACAGUGGACAGAGAUGCCUUCAUGGAGAGCUUCUUCAGAAGGGUGGAAGAAGUCAGGGGAUUCCUUGAUAAGCUCUCCUACCAAGUGGAAGAGGUGAGGAAGAUUCACAGCAUGAUUCUGUCUGCACCCAACACAGAUCAAAGAACAAAGGAUCAACUGGAUGCAUUAACCCACGAUAUCAAAGGCACUGCCAAUGUGGUGCAAGCCAAACUAAAAUCCAUGGAGCAAAGUAUGCCCAAAGAUGAUGUAGCUAACAGAUCCUCUGUUGACUUCAGGAUCCAGAAAACACAGCACACAGUUCUCUCCAGGAAGUUUGUGGAGGCCAUGACCCAGUACAAUGAGGCUCAAGUGUCCUUUCGGGAAAGAAGCAAAGGAAGGAUCCAGAGACAGCUGGAGAUAACUGGAAGAGUAACUACCAACGAAGAACUAGAGGACAUGUUAGAAAGUGGAAAUCCAUCCAUCUUCACAUGUGAUAUCAUCUCUGAUUCCCAGAUUUCACGCCAGGCUGUGAAUGAGAUAGAGUCACGACACCAGGACAUCAUGCGUCUGGAGUCGAGCGUCAGAGAGCUCCAUGCAAUGUUCAUGGACAUGGCAAUGCUGGUAGAAACUCAGGGGGAGAUGGUUAACAACAUUGAAAAGAAUGUUUCCAAUGCGGUCGAAUAUGUUUUCCGUGCAAAGGAAGAGACCAAAAAAGCAGUGAGAUACCAGAAGAAAUCCCGGAGGAAAUACAUUAUCGUUGCCUUAGCCCUGUUGGUCCUGGUUGCUGUCAUUGCACUAAUUGUCGGCCUGUCUGUUGGACUAAGAAAACCUGGAUGAGGUCUACUCUGAUGACAGAGUGAGAAACGUCUUUUCCUUGCCAUAUAAGGGGCUGCAGGUUUCCUCCUCCUUUUACUUAUCAUAUUAGUCGGAGUCUUUGAGUGAUGAUUUCAUGGUUCACAGCUUCACAACAGUCAACUGCUCAUGUGGUGAUGGAGCCGGGAACAGCUUCAUAAUAAGACUGUCAUUCACUGUCCGGCAGCAUUACAGAGAGGAUUUAUUGACCACAGUGGAUAAGUAUAAAGUUUGUGAUCCACUUUGCUCAAUUAAAAUCAUAGCUCACAAUACACUGCUCUGGAGGAAUCGCAUGCAGCUAGAAUAAAGCGUCCUGUCACAUAUCCCUUUCCCUUAGCAGUGACAUAAUGAACACUGACAGCACAUCCGCUUUAUACACAGGUGUACAGUCUGUAUUGCUGCCAUUCUUUUUCAUGCUGGGUAUCACUUUAAGAUAUUACUUGGUUUAAUGAGUGAAGGAACACACAUUUUGGGAAAUAUGCUUAUUCACCUUAUUGCCAAGAGUUACAUGAGAAGACUGAUGUAAUCUGUAUCUGUAUUGUAAAUAUGAAGCCACCACCAGACUGCAUAAAGAUUGGAGGCAGAAAAACAACUAGCCUGACUCUAUCCAAAAGUAGCAAAACACAUGACAUAUUAAGGGGGAUUAUGUGCCAGACUGUUUCCUAGCCAGGUGCAGUGACUUCCGUGAGUCCUGUUGUCACUGAGGGGGUUGACAGGCAGCAGCGGAGAGUCCAGGAUGUCACUACUUUUGGCACAAAACUCCAUGUAAAGUGAAACCAUCAUGGGCCGCGUUUACACCUCUGAAUUAAACUAACAAGUUGUAAUGCAGUAGUUGGUGGACUUUAGGGGUGCUGGGAGGGGGAGCUGGUUUCCUUUGGACUGAGCAAGACUAGCUGUUGUUAAGGUUGAGUCCCCCUCACCAGGAGGGUGAGGGAGAACUGAGGUAGGACUCAAUGUGCAGACCCAGGUGCUAGUGGAAAAAAAGGUGCUUUAAUGGGCGUAGACAAAGAAAAGAGGCAAUAUACAGUACUGAACCAGGGUAGGGCAGAGACAGUUGAGGAGACCAGGACAAGCAGCUGAGUAGACAGAACAACGGCAGGAACCAGGAGAGUUAGAGGACUAGGACGGACAGGUGAGUAGACAGAACAACCAGGAGGAUUAGCAAACGCCGUCAGGGAAGCAGUGUAGUGAACGAAAAAAAAGAAAUCAACAGCACAGGAACUGUCAGCGUUGAAAACAAAUUACACAUGCCUAAACACAUGGAAACAAUGUACAAAAGAGAACCACAGCACAAGAACUGUCAGCAUGGAAAUCAAAGACGUAUGACACAUACGCAUACGCAUACGCAUACAGGUAUGUCUACAGGUAAUGCUCCGGUGAUGACGUCUGCAAGCAGUUUAAAUGAGGAAGGGCAGUAAUC